CGUUACUCGUUAGAUUUGUUUUGCUGUCUUCAUCUCCGAAAUACUAGGUAAUACCGCACGUUAGAAUCAUUGAUAAUAUUCCCAAAAUAACAUUAAACAACUCGUUUUGACAGUUCUACUUAGUAUAAUAAUUUUUAUUGUAAUUGUUAUAAUUGUAUAUAAGUCGACCUAAGAAGUCUACCAAGUGACUGCGAUUCAGGUUGAGCAAUAAAAUCCAAUACUUCGUAUCAUGUCGGGAAAUUUAUCUUCCUCAAAUUCAAGCGACGAUAGUGAUUCUAAUUCUAAUGACGAUGAGAAGAUGACGAUUUCAAGCAGAUGUCGUUCGAGGAGCUUCUGCAGUUGAAACGUCGUUUAGGAUCCAAAGUUUACAAUGAAGCUGUUUUCGGUAAAACUAGUACUGAACAUAGGCCAACCCGAAAACAAUCCAAACAGAAGAAUAUGGAUCUCAAGAAUGACAGUGAUUCUGAUGGUCCUCCGGAAGAAAUGAGUGCGAAAAGGAAAGUUCCUAUACUGGGGUUGGUAAAACGGCAUGAAAAAAAGUCUACUCAAUCUAGCUUUAGAGAUCCGCGAUUUGCUGCUGAUCAAGGUUACUUCAGUGGGCGAAAGUUUCGUGAACAGUACGGAUUUAUAAAUGAUCUUAGAACCGAAGAAUUAUCCAGUUUGCGGAAACAAUUAGAGGAAGCAUCUGGCCCCGUAGAAGUCGAACGGAUAAAAUUUGCUAUUAGAAGAACGGAGAACCAAAUUCGGGAGUUCAAAAAAUUGAAAGAACAAGAUAACAAACGCAAAAAUGAGCGACUAGAGGCUCGGAAGGCAAUAGAGCAAGGUAAACGACCGUUUUACGAGAAGAAAAGUACCAAGAAGGCUCGAGAGCUUGUUGAGAAGUUCGACCAACUUAAGGAAACUGGAAAACUUGCCAAACAUAUAGAUAAACGAAGAAGAAAAAUCACUGCUAAAGACCGGAAGAAGCUGGAUUUUGAAACAUAGUUGUUUUGUUGAAUAAAAAGUAUAAAACAUACAUGAAUUUCUGCUAAAAGUUUCUAUUUAAA